AUGUUUAACAGCGACUGGAAGUUUUCCAUUAAUUCAAAGACUUUUGACGAUCUCGACGUUGAACUAUUUCGAAACCACAAGUUCAAAACGGUGGUGGGCUACAUAAUAGGUGUUGUCGGGUGGAAUGGACUGAAAGUGGCUCUUUUCGUAUCGGAUGUUUACACAUGUAUUAAAUUACUGGCGUUUAACUCUUGGUCAAACAAUAUCAUCCAGCCAUACAUAUCUUUCAAAAUAUCCAAAUGGUUGUUUAGCGGUUGCAUUUUAGCAUCUAUCGUGCUAUUGAUAUGGGAAGCCAUUGUGGGAAUAAGGAUCUACAGGACAGGAAAUAUUUCAUUGACAUACGUUAACAAUUUUUCCAGAAACAUUAAUUCAGUGCUUGACUAUUCUAAAUUCUGCGUUUAUAAUAUGAUUGAGCGUAAGGGUUUUCGACAAAAAGUGACAUUUUUUACGUUUUUUCAAUUGAAGGACUGUAUCAGGUUAAUUUUCACAGAUACUCCAAGACAAGUCAUCAACGGCCUUACGCUAUGGUCAGUGCUCGUAACUGUCAAUAAGAACGAAGACCUAGGCGACCUGGAAUCUUUUAGUGGCUUAAUCACAAAAAUAAAGAAUAUUGGACAGACCAAUCAUGAAGAAGCAGUGAUAUUGUCGCUGAUGCUAUUUUCGUUUAUUGUUUGGGCAUUAUUUGUGUUCAAAUUUUUCCUUGCUAUCAUUUGCUCGAUUUUUGUUUAUUAUAAGAUAAUCAAUGAUCAACAAUACAGUGGGUUACGUGAGUAUAUUUGUGUCACCGUUAGUGAAAAUGUUGAUGAACUUGUUGAAAGACAAAGAAAAAAAGAAAAUGACAAUACGAUUUAUAAGACAAGCCUUCUCGAAUCUCGGACCUUUAAUGAUUUCAACGAACUGGAAAGUAGAAUCGAGCUACCAUUUAAUGAGACGUCAUAUGCCUCCAAUAACGAUUCUACGAUCGAACUAAUAGAAAGGAAGCCCGAAUGUAAAAGUCAAAAUGAGUACGGUUUUGCUCCGGCAAUGGAGAAAACGGAAACGACGGAAUCGUUUGUCGAUAAUGGCAAUGCGCAACACGCCACUAGAUUCUCCGCAAUCUUAGACACACCAUAUUUCAGUACUUAUGACAGUAAUAAUAUGAAAGAGGUAAAGGUACCAAACAGAAACUUUAUAAAUGCUCAAAAAUACGAGGAUUUGAAUUCUCUUGGUGGCAUCAGUCAAAAAUCUUCCACCAGGUCUUUGAAAUGUACAGCCUCUACCGCGUUCUGCGAGUCAUCAGAUUCAAUACCGAAUACAAUGAAAGGUUCCCAAAAGUUCAGUAGUGGCAUCAUUAGACCCAAGCCACCUCCCUUAAACACAAGUGGACUAGUAGAUUCAAAAGCUGCUUCAGAGGAUAAUCGAAGGAUUUAUACUCCGAUGAAAGCAUACUUCAGGGAAAUUGACCUUCCGAGGAAGGGUUUACUAGAAGAUGAAGAUGGUGCAUAUUACCACACGUAA